UGUCUUUGUACAGAGACCGUAGAGCAGGGAUAACAGCAUCUGUUGCUGUUAUUGAAACCUGCACAACUCAAUGAGCUGUUUGCCACAGACUCGCUGAUCCUGCCUGCAGCUUUUGCACGGCAAAGGCAUCGAUCAGUGUAAAAAAGAAAGAAAAAAGAUCACAUUUUAUAUGAGAUCUUUUUUUUUUUUCACAUAAUUAUUUUUGUACAUUUUUCUUACAACCAUGGUGCUGGGGAAGGUGAAGGGUUUUACAGUAAGCUACGACUGUCUCAAUGACAGCAAUGUCCCCGUGUUCUCCAGCGGGGAUUCCGUCUCAGGAAGGGUGGUCAUCGAGGCCACGGGAGACAUCAGAGUGAAAUCUCUCAAAAUCCACGCCAAAGGGUUUGCAAAAGUUCGAUGGACUGAAUCUAGAAACGCCGGAUCCAAUACUGCCUACACGCAGAAUUUCACCGAAGAAGUGGAAUACUUAAAUCAUAAAGACAUCUUAAUUGGACAUGAAAGAGAUGAUGAUAACUCCGAAGAAAGUCUCACCACUAUUCAUUCAGGAAGACACGAGUAUGCAUUUAGUUUUGAGCUUCCACAAACGCCACUGGCUACCUCCUUUGAAGGCAAAAAUGGCAGUGUGCGCUACUGGGUGAAAGCUGAACUUCACAGGCCCUGGCUUCUGCCAGUGAAAGUGAAGAAGGAAUUUACAGUCUUUGAGCACAUUGACAUCAACACUCCUUCGUUGCUGUCACCCCAGGCAGGCACAAAAGAGAAGACUCUUUGUUGCUGGUUCUGCACCUCAGGUCCCAUCUCCUUAAGUGCCAAAAUUGAAAGAAAGGGCUACACCCUCGGGGAAUCCAUUCAGAUCUUUGCUGAAAUUGAGAAUUGCUCCUCCCGCGUGGUAGUGCCAAAGGCAGCCAUUUACCAAACACAGACUUUCUAUGCCAAAGGGAAAAUGAAGGAAGUCAAACAACUCAUAGCCAAUCUGCGUGGGGAGUCCCUGUCCUCUGGCAAAACGGAGACGUGGAGUGGCAAAAUGCUGAAAAUCCCUCCAGUGUCUCCCUCCAUUCUGGACUGCAGCAUAAUUAGAGUGGAAUAUUCACUAAUGGUAUAUGUGGAUAUUCCUGGAGCAAUGAACCUGCUCCUAAAUUUGCCUCUGGUCAUCGGUACGAUACCCCUGCACCCUUUCGGCAGUCGCACCUCCAGUGUGAGCAGUCAGUGCAGCAUGAACAUGAACUGGCUGAGUAUGGCACUUCCGGAAAGACCCGAAGCACCACCAAGCUAUGCAGAAAUUGCCACAGAACAGCGACAGAACGGCAUGGCACCCCCUGCUGCACGGGAUGACUUUGAGCGGGCACUCGAGGGACCACUAUUUGCAUAUAUCCAAGAGUUCCGCUUUCAACCACCGCCCCUCUAUUCAGAGAUUGACCCAAAUCCAGAUCAAGUAAACGGCAUUGAAGAAGGGAGACCAGAUUCUUGCCCAUCUCGCUGAAGGAAACCCGGACCCACCCAGAGUUUACUUGAGGAUUUUUAUACUAGCGUCCUGCUCUGUUUCAAACAGAGAAAAUGUGACGAAGUCCAUUACGAGCAGAGGAAACUGUCGGACACUUUCCUGCCGAGUGGUGGAUUGAUAUUAGACAACCUGUGAUAAUCAUUGAAGCCAAUGGCCUAAAGACACAAGAGACUGCUCUGCCUGCCUAGAAAACUUUGCUUUCCAUAACCAUGGCACAUUCAUGACUCUCUAGAGAGCAGUUUCUGUAGAAAAACAAAAAACAAAAACAAGUGUUUCCUAUAUGGCGUUAAGCAGCAUUUUACUUCAGAGGAAAGAUUUGAUUUUGUUUUUAUUAAUAUAAUUGUCCUCCUGCCUCAUUUGGAAGUUUGCGCAUAUUGCCUAGUGCUUGUGUUGCGUGGCUCUGUUUCUUUAAAAUCCUGAAAAAAAAAAAGAAAAAACGUUUUUUUUUUUCCUCAUUUUAUGCUGGACUAGAGAAUGCAGACUUUGCUCCUUGAAUCUCUUAAUCUGCACAACUAUGAACAAUGCAGAGUGCAGCAUUAAAAAAAGAAGAAACUGAAAUGAAGAAUGCAAUGACUUUUUUUUUUUUGAGUUCCUAUUAAGAAAUGUAGCCUGGACUGUACUGUGUUGGACCUGCUCAGUGCUGUCUUCUCGGGCUGAUGCUGCAUCACCUUUUCAGCUUGGAUCCAAUUAUGGCUUUGUUUUCAAACGUCAAAUGCCUUUAGCCCAUUUUUGUUUUGCUGUAUGUGUGUUCCUCAGCCUCCUGUAGUAGAACAGCAACAGAUCACAAACCCGAGUUACAAACACAACAAGCUGAGAUUCCACGGAAUACUAGUGAGGGGCAUUUUGUGAAGAGUCUUCAGAUUGAGCGUUUGUUGCCUUUCUACUAUAACCACAGAGCAGCGUUGUUACAUACCGCCUAAAACACUCACUCUCAGGUGAACGUCUCACUUGCCAAACAGUUGUUUUUUUUCUUUUUCUUUUAAUUGCACUGUUGCUAAUAAUGUGGGAUACAAACCAAGAUAUGAGGCAGUUUUUUAAGACAAAUAAGAUUCCCUUUUUGUCCUGCCGAGCUUGCAGAAUCCACCCAUACCAAAUGUUUUCCAGUCCUAUGAAGCCAAAAAAAAAGAUAGAAAGGUACAGGCUAUUACAGCAACCAGUUAGGCACAGAGGCCAAAGAGGUCUGGUUUGCUGUAUGGCUGUAAUGCUGUUGAACCUUCAAGCAAGCUAGAACAGGCCGACAUGUUCUAGACUGUUUAACUGCAUUAUAUUAAAGACAGAUGAAGCAAAUGGAAGUCUGUUAGUGUGUAGGUUUACACAUAAAGAUUACUUUUAUUUUUUUUGUUAAAGGUUGAAGGACUGGGAAAACAUUUUGGUAAAUCAUCAACUGCUGCUCCCCCUACUUGUUCCUCCAUGAAGUACCAGUGUUGGCAAUCAAAAAAAAGGUUUACAAGUGUAAAAGAGGCAUUCUUAUAGAUUGAGUCAGCCAGCACAUUGUAAUAAUCAUCCAGCUUUUCACCAUGUAAACCUGUACACACAUCAAAAAAGUGAUCUUAACUGAGUGGCCUUGACAAAGAACUGACGUGAUUUAUUGUUAUUAUUUUCAUAAAUGAUUACUUAAUACCAGUUGCAGCCAAGCUAGGAAUUCUUAUAUUGCAGAGCUGAAUGUUCACCUUUUAUACCCACCUACAUUCGGACAAAAAGGGAAAACAAUGAGUCCUUUAAAGUGAGAGAAUAAUUCCCAAGAUCCCUGCAUUACGUUUUGUUCUCUUAAAUACUGGGGUAGUUGACGACCUAGGGCAUUUGGUGUUUGUUGUUUUUCAGUCUGACAACCCCUUAUUUUUUUAUUUUUUUUUUUAGGACUAGGGAACAAUUGCUGUGGUUUACAGUAUAAAAGUCGAAUGAAAAUGGAAUUGACCAAUAUUUCAGUCAGUGGCUUGGUUGUUGCUGACACAUUUCUGUAUUUCUGUUGAAAGAUGUAAAUGUGGUCUAAAUGCUAAUUAAAAGAAAAAGAAACCGCAGCUAAUUUCUUUUUUUUUUUUAAUUUUUUUUUAUUUCUCUGACCUGUUUUCAUUGGUCAAUCCCAUAAUCCAAAACAUGUUGGGCUUGUGUUAUAGUCCAGUGUUCAAGCUAGUUUCCUUUUUUUUUUAUUAAAUUAGGAACAGAAAUGUUAAAUGAAAGGAAACAAAUCCCAAAUGGUUUCGAAACCAAGUGCAAUAUUCCAUGUUUAUGUAUGAUAGAAUUUAUUCUGUAGCUGUUUUGUAGUGUCUCAUUAUUUGUUGUUUAGUUUGGUGCUGUUCAUUGCCUGUAGACUCUGUUACAAGAGGCGAAUACCUGUUCUGAAUGAUUUCUUUUUGUCUACUUCGUCCUUAUGAAAAAUAAACACUUUUUUUUUUGUGUGUGUUAAA